CCCUAUCUUCCCACUACUCGCAUACACAAUCAUGGUUGCCGGCGUGCAGAUUCACUCGUCGCAGGCCAAGGACGCACAGGCGCAGAUUCUCACCGAGGACGCCUUGAAGUUCAUCGCCGCCCUCCAUAGGACGUUUGAGUCCACCCGCCAGAGCCUCCUCGUUGCCCGCGAGGCCGCGCAGCAGAGACUCGAUGCCGGCCAGCCCCUCGACUUCCCUUCCGAGACCGCCCACAUCCGUGCGGACCCCUCCUGGCUUUGCGCCCCUCCCGGCCCCGGCUUGGAGGAUAGGCGUGUUGAGAUCACUGGGCCCACCGACCGGAAGAUGGUCAUCAAUGCGCUCAACAGCGGCGCGAAGACGUUCAUGGCUGACUUCGAAGACGCGAACUCGCCUACGUUCGCCAACAUGCUCAACGGCCAGGUCAACCUCCGCGACGCGAUCCGCCGACAGAUCGACUUCGAGUCCGGCGGAAAGUCGUAUAAGCUCUCUGAGAAGCCUGCCGUCCUGAUCGUCCGACCCCGUGGCUGGCACCUAGACGAGCCGCGCGUGACAGUCGACAACGCGCCCGUGUCCGGGUCCCUCUUCGACUUCGCGCUCUACUUCUUCCAUAACGCGCACGAGCUCGUCAAGCGUGGGCUCGGGCCGUACUUCUACCUGCCGAAGAUGGAGCACUAUCUCGAGGCGCGCCUCUGGAACGACGUCUUCAAUUUCUCGCAGUCGUAUAUACGCCUACCCCAUGGCACCAUCCGUGCGACGGUGCUCAUCGAGACCCUCCCCGCUGCGUUCCAGAUGGAGGAGAUUCUGUUCGAGCUCCGGACACACUCGGCUGGCUUGAACUGCGGUCGUUGGGAUUACAUCUUCAGCUUUAUCAAGCGGCGUCGCGCCGAUCGCAGCGCGGUUCUGCCUGAUCGCAAGGACGUCACGAUGGAGGUUGGCUUCAUGGACGCUUACGUCCGACUCCUCAUUCAGACCUGUCACAGGCGGAGGGUCGCUGCCAUGGGUGGCAUGUCCGCGCAAAUUCCGAUCAAGAACGACCCGAAGGCGAACGAGGUUGCUAUGAGCAAGGUCCGCGCAGACAAGCUCCGUGAGGUCACCAACGGCCACGACGGCACUUGGAUCGCGCAUCCCCUCAUCAACGAGAUCGCGAUGGAAAUCUUCAACAAGCAUAUGCUUGGUCCGAACCAAUACCACGUGAGGAGAGAGGACGUCAAGGUCGCCGCCGCCGACCUUCUCAACACAAAGGUCCCUGGUCAGGUCACCACGGAGGGCAUCAGGUCGAACGUCGCGACGUCGCUCGCCUACAGCGCCGCCUGGCUAGGUGGUAACGGCUGCAUUCCCCUGAACUGGCUCAUGGAGGACGCCGCGACGGCUGAGAUCACCCGCGUGCAGCUCUGGCAGUACGUCAAGUACGGCAUCCGCACCUCGGACUCCGGGCAGGUCAUCGCCCCAGCAUGGAUCGAUAGCCUUGUGGACGAGAUCGCGCCGACACUCAAGACCGCGCUGGUGACGGAGGAAAACCUGGACAUCGUCGCGAAGUACCUGAAGGCGCAGGUGCGGAAGGAGUGGCCGAGCGAGUUCUUGACGAGCGACCUCAUGGGCUACCUCGCUGUGCGCGAUGGCUGCCCGGCGGCGUGGCAGCGGAGUGUGCUGUGAGCGGCUGGUGCACGUACGGACGCGUUUCGUUCUUGCUAUGGAUGUGAUUCUGUAGGAGUAUCGUUACCUUGCCUCGACCCUCGCCUCGGGAUCCCAAUUUUCACUGUACAUUAGCAUCAUAUGAAUCAUGUUCUGAAAACGGAACCAUUCACACAUCUGUGCCGCAUUUAGUGCUUCGCCCCGGAGGCUGUAAGAUAAGCUGGGACGAUAGGGUGCAGGGCAACGAAGAAGGAUAACUAGUACGGGAACAGCUUCUCGUGAAUCUUGUCGGCAGUCGAUGUAGAGAAAUCAGAUCAUUCC